AUGGCCGCAGUCGGAUUCUAACAUUUUCAGAGAACCUUCUGAAAAGACCAAGUCUACUUCAAUAAAUGAAGGAGAAUAAAGAAAAUUCAAGCCCUUCAGUAGCUUCAGCAAACCUGGACCACACAAAACCAUGUUGGUACUGGGAUAAGAAAGACUUGGCUCACACACCCUCACAAAUAGAAGGACUUGAUCCAGCCACUGAGGCCCGCUACCGCCGAGAGGGGGCUCAGUUCAUCUUUGAUGUGGGCACACGUUUGGGGCUACAUUAUGAUACCCUGGCAACUGGAAUAAUUUAUUUUCAUCGCUUCUAUAUGUUUCAUUCCUUCAAGCAAUUCCCAAGAUAUGUGACAGGAGCUUGUUGUCUCUUUUUGGCUGGGAAAGUAGAAGAAACACCAAAAAAAUGUAAAGAUAUCAUCAAAACAGCUCGUGGUUUGCUAAAUGAUGUACAGUUUGGCCAGUUUGGAGAUGACCCAAAGGAAGAAGUCAUGGUUUUGGAGAGAAUCUUACUACAGACAAUAAAGUUUGAUUUACAGGUGGAACAUCCAUACCAAUUCCUACUCAAAUAUGCAAAACAACUCAAAGGUGAUAAAAACAAAAUUCAAAAGUUGGUUCAAAUGGCAUGGACAUUUGUAAAUGACAGUCUGUGCACCACCUUAUCACUGCAGUGGGAACCAGAGAUCAUUGCAGUGGCAGUGAUGUAUCUCGCAGGACGUUUGUGCAAAUUUGAAAUACAGGAGUGGACCUCCAAACCCAUGUACAGGAGAUGGUGGGAGCAGUUUGUUCAAGAUGUCCCUGUUGAUAUUUUGGAAGACAUCUGCCACCAAAUCCUGGAUCUUUGCUCGCAAGGGAAACAACAGAUGCCUCAUCACAGCCCCCAUCAGCUCCAGCAGCCCCCUUCUCUUCAGCCUCCACCACAAGUGCCACAAGUACAACAGUCACACCAGUCCCAAGGCCCCGAGCCUCCCCAGCCCCCGCCGAAGGACUCCCAGCAGUCAGCCCCGCAGCAGCAGCAAGCCACACAGCAGCCGGAGAAGCCGUCUCCACAGCCCAGUCCUCCCAGACAGGUUAAACGGGCCGUGGUUGUUUCUCCCAGAGAAGAGAACAAAGCAGCAGAACCACCACCACCAAAAAUUCCCAAAAUCGAGACCACUCACCCGCCAGUGCCUCCGGCCCACCCCCCUCCAGACCGGAAGCCUCCUCUCGCAGCUGCCUUAGGCGAGGCUGAGCCCCCAGGCCCCGUGGACACCCGCGACCUCUCCAAAGUCCAGAUCCCCUCUCCAGCCCACCCGGCCCCGGUGCACCAGCCACCGCCCCUCCCUCACCCCCCCCCUCCACCCCCCUCCAGCUACAUGACGGGGAUGUCCACCACCAGCUCCUACAUGUCCGGAGAGGGCUACCAGAACCUGCAGUCCCUGAUGAAGACUGAGGGCCCCACCUACGGCCCACCCACACACCUGCCCUACCACCCCCACGUCUACCCCCCCAACCCACCCCCACCGCCCGUGCCCCCUCCGCCAGCCUCCUUCCCCCCACCCACCAUCCCGCCUCCCACUCCCGUACCCCCACCUCCACCCACCUACAACCCUAACUUCCCACCCCCUCCCCCACGCCUGCCCCCCACUCAUGCAGUCCCACCACACCCUCCUCCAGGCUUGGGCCUGCCGCCGGCGAGCUGCCCACCUCCGGCCGUGCCCCCCGGAGGACAGCCGCCCGUGCCGCCCCCCAUCCCCCCUCCUGGCAUGCCUCCAGUGGGGGGCCUGGGGCGGGCAGCCUGGAUGAGAUAA